AUGGAUGCCCAGGCUACUCCUGGCCAAGCAUUCACCAUCAGUCCAGAAGCCAUAACAUGGAACAGCUGGUUCAAUCAGGCACAGCCUCUAUCUGUGUGCAGUGAAAGCUGCAAUCCUGGUUCUAGGAAGAAGGUCAAGGAAGGGGAGCCAUUUUGCUGCUAUGAUUGCAUCCCAUGUCCCAUAGGGAUGAUUUCAGGCAAGAAGGAUAUGAAUUACUGUUGUCCAUGUGGAUAUGAAAAGUACCCUAGCAAGCACCAGGAUUUCUGUAUUCCAAAGUCAGUGAACUUCUUUUCUUAUGAAGAAACCUUGGGCAUCAUUUUAACCUUUUUCAUUAUUCUUUCCUGCUUGAUCACGGCUCUGGUGCUAGGAAUGUUUUGGAAGCAUCAUGAGACGCCCAUCGUCAAAGCCAAUAACCGGCACCUCACCUAUUCUCUCCUUGUCUCCCUCCUGCUCUGCUUCCUUUGUGCACUGCUCUUCAUCGGCCGGCCGCACCAGGUGACGUGCCUCCUGCGACAAACUGCUUUUGGCUUCAUCUUCUCAGUGGCCGUGUCUUGUGUGCUCACAAAAACAGUCAUGGUGGUUUUGGCCUUCAGAGCCACCAAACCAGGAUGCAAGAUGAGGAAGUGGAUGGGGAAGACACUGACCAACACCUUUCUUCUUUCCUGCUGCCUUCUUCAGGCAGCCAUCUGUCUUGCCUGGUUGGCAACUUCUCCUCCAUUUCCAGAUAGUGACAUGCAUUCAGCGGCUGAAGAAAUCAUCCUGGAAUGUAACGAGGGAUCCAUAAUGAUGUUUUACUGUGCCCUGGGCUAUCUGGGCUUCCUGGCAAUGGUCAGCUUCAUGGUGGCUUUCCUAGCCAGGAAGCUGCCAGACAGUUUCAAUGAGGCCAAGUUCAUCACUUUCAGCAUGUUGGUCUUUUGCAGUGUCUGGCUAUCCUUUGUGCCUUCCUACCUGAGCACCAAAGGGAAAUACUUGGUGACUGUAGAGAUUUUUUCUAUCUUAGCCUCCAGUUCUGGCCUGCUGGUUUGCAUCUUCUUCCCCAAAUGUUACAUUAUUUUGCUGAGACCCGAGUUGAACAAGAAGGAACAUCUAAUAAGGAGAACAGCUUGA